AUGUGCUAUUCUUGUCUACUGAGUACAUUUCAAGUAACGUCAUCCUUCCCAAGCCAACGCUGGUAUGAAGGGCGGAAACUCUUCUUUCCACUCCUCUGUCAUUUGCUCCUGCUCCCAUCUGCUUGGUGGCACUGCCUUCUCAGUCCUUGUUGCAGACGGAUCUCCAGACACUUUCCCCUAAUUUUCUAGAGCCAGUGGCUUUUCAACCAAAGCUUCAUGUGAGGGGCUUCAUGUUGGCAUCUGGAGUACAUGUCCCAAAUAUGUCCAGCCCCACCUUCUGAUCCUAGUGCAGAGGAGCUGCCGACAGAUGGCAGUAGCUAUCCUCCUUCAAUACUGAGGAAAAGGCCAACUGUGGACCAAGCUGUGGGGGGAAGGCGGAAAGCAGAGAGAAGGGUUCGAUUUCGUGAGCCAGAAGAAGUCAUUGAACAUGCCAUUUCCUACUGUGACUACGUAGUGGUAGAUGACAGGUCAUCAUCUGGAUUGCCUGUGCUCCUGUGGCUCUCAUUUUGCGCAGUGCUGAUUCUUGCUGUGAGUCUCUACUAUGCCAGCACGAAGCAAGAUGUUAAAGUCCUGGAGGAAUUUCAAUCCCGACUUGUUAUCUUCUUUCUUCAGAUAAGACACGUUGCUCAGAAAUGCUGGACUUGGUUUAUGAGGCAGUAG